AUGCCACGACAGGGUAUGCAGAAGGUGAAGACCGGUUGCAUUACUUGCAAGAUACGCAAGGUCAAGUGUGACGAAGCUAGGCCCUCAUGCCACCGUUGUGUGAACACCGGUCGGAAGUGCGAUGGCUAUAUUCCAGCCGUCGCAGGUACAUACUCUUGGACGCAACUUCUCGGCAAGAACAGACCCGCACCAAGCGUGGACAGCUCCGAGAAGCGAGCCAUUGACUUCUUCUUGCUAGAAAUUGCGCCGGUGCUUAGCCGUUCGAACGACUCAUACUUUUGGACUGAUAUGGUAGUUCAAUUGUGCUACCAAAACGGUGCAGUGAAGCAUGCUGUAUUGGCCAUCGGUAGUCUCUAUCGUACAUUCAGCAGUGGCCCAUACGGAAGCCUAGAGCACAAGAAGCAGGACCUUCUUGCAACGGGGCACUAUACCGAGGCUAUUCGGCAGUCGAGAAGAGUCAAUGACAGAGACGUGUCCCUUGUCCUUUGUCUGCUAUUUGUGUGCAUCGAGUUCCUCCGAGGCGAGAGUGAGGGUGCCAUUGAACACUGCCGCCAUGGCAUUAACAUACUCAACGAGCCAUUGACCGGAUCGCACUCGAUAAACGAACGCAUCUCUGCUGCAUUCUCACGGUUGUGCAUAUUCCCCUUCUUCUUCGGGGCCACGCCCAAUACGUUCCCUUACCUGAAUAUCCCAUCGCCAGAAGUGCUAGGGCCUUUCCAGACCGUUAACGACGCGAGCUCGGCUCUAGAUGUACUCCUGACACGAGCCAUCCGCUUCGUGCGCUCUGCCGAUGCACAUCGCCUGGGAGUUCAGCCAUCCUCAGAGCCAGACAUCAGUACAUUGCAAGCUCGCCAAGAGAUCGAAUCUGUUCUGGAUCAUUGGUUUGCAGCCUACCACUUAUUGAAGACGGAGAAACGACAAGUAUCUCCACCCGAUUAUACUGGGCAGUUGGUAGAAAUUCGGUGGCUGAUAUGUAAGAUCUGGAUCGGCACUUGUCUAGCAAGAGAAGAAACUGUAUACGACGGACAUAUGGAGAGGUUUCGCACCAUCCUAGAUCUGUCACUCGAGGCAGCUGCCGUCUUUGCAGCAUUGCCCAGUGAACGCUUACAGCAAAAGUUCAGUUGGGAAUGGGGAUUCAGCCCAUUACUUGCCUUUGUUGUAAUAAAGUGCAGGUGUCUGAGAGUUCGAACUGCAGCGUGGCAUCUGAUGCAGACACUUGCGCUACCAAGAGAGAGUCUUUGGGAUAAGGUGGCCCUCGCGUCACUAGGAAGGCGUACUAUCGAGAUCGAACAUGAGUUGGCUGAAGACAUAGAUCUGGAUCAAGUUGUUGACCAUGGCAUCUUCCCUCCCGAGGACAAACGGAUAAGGGACUCGUUCAUGUAUAAUGAGACCGCCUUGCGACCACUCGCAGGUGGUCAAUAUGCAGAGCACAGGAAAACAUGUUUCUUGGUGCAGAAUCCCAUGGGCGAUGGCCAUCUAGUCAGAGACGAGUGGCUGGUAGUUUGA